AUGGCGGCGCUGGCCGAGUUUGCCGCCGUCUCGGGGGCAACACCGACGCUGUUGCCUGUCGGGUCCUCGAGAACCCACACCUUCCUAGAGAUCCCAAUGGCGAUGACUGACGACCGCGGUGGUGAACAGAACUCCAACUCCAUCGACAACCGGAGGAGCAUGAGAGAGAGAGAGAGAGAGCCACCAACAUCGAACCACAUCCACAUAGCGUUAAUUUCUUUCACUGUUUAUGCAACAAAACGAGUUUGGCAUAAACUGGUACCCACCCCAAGCCACGUUUCAGGAAUAUCGGAUCAGACCCACUUUCCACGCUGUCAACGGAGCAUAUUCCUUGAGACCUCAUCGUCCAUAUCGCCUAUCGUUCUCUCUACCCUAACCCCCCGUUGCUACUCACUUCCCUCGUGGUCAACCCGAAGCAUAUCAUCGUGCAGCGCCAUCGUGAUUCGUCGUCCCUCCGCCCCCGCACGCCUCCAUAAUACCAUUAUCUCAACCCUAAUCGACGCCGCUACACACUCCCCUCGCGGUCAACCGGAGCAUUUGCCCGUGCAGCGCCGCUGCGAUUCGUUGUCGAGCCGCCCCCGCACGCCUCCAGAAUACCAGCACGUCGUCACAGCUGCUCCAUUUCCCCACCCGCGUCUGGGCUGCUUCCUGGUGCGUCAUACGACUUCAAGAAAUGAGGAAUUUGCUAUCGUUGAUGACAAGGAAAAGUCAGAUUGGUCCAUCGUCUUCUUCCUUGGAACGUACAGGGAAAGGGGAUCGGCCUUUCCUGGCCGGGGCUCGCCGGCGUCGGCCGAGCGCGGCGGGGCCAGCCGAGCCGUCCCUGGUGGAGCGCGCGCACAGCCAAGGAGUUGGCUGGGCCGGCGGCAGCUCCAGGUGGCCUGGCCACGCGAGCCCGCGGUGGCAGCCUGCUGCGGCGAUGGCGCGGGCAUCGCCGGUCAUGGCUGCGCUCAGGGAAGGGUUCGAACGGAUCGUUGUGGCGAGGGGGAGGUGAUGGCAAACUCAAUUUAAACAACCGGCUACUGAGGACAGGGAUUUGGAGGUAGCAGGGAGCUUCCGUCGUCCAUCCAUGGCGUUAGUGUGCUGCAAUAGAGGAAUGAGGGAGUCGAGGCGAGCAGAAUGCAGAGGCGAGGCUAGGGUAGCUCAGAGGGUGUGCGGCGUGCUUUUAAAGGCGAGGCACGAGCGGGCGUUGGCCGAGGAUUGGCUGUCCAUGGCGGUGGCCACUGCCACACGCCUGGCUGCUUGCUGCUCACGCUGUCUCCCUGCAGCAACUGUUGAACACGUAUUGGAUGGCUGUUUUUGGCGUUUUCUGUUUGGAUUCGGACCUGGAUCUCUGCAGAAGAUUUGUUCCUUGAUGUAUACUCUACAAAUCGUGUACAGGACUUGAGGUAAUUAGAGCACUGGUUAGAGAGUUAUAGAUCCACGAAAACUGGUUUGUCAGUGGGUUAGAAAUCAGUGGAAACUCGUGAAA